AUGACCGUGAGCGUCGCCCAAGGGCGGAAGGCCAGGAGUACGGCCGCCGGCGCCGGCUGUGGCGGCCUCGAGGAGGCGUGGCUGCUGGUGCAGGCCCCGGCCACGAAGCAGCACCACGCGAGGGCGGCGGUGUGGGGCGUCACCGUCGGCGUCGGGCUACGGGGCCGCUUCUACUCGCUCGUGCUGCUGGUCCUCGUGCUGCUCCUCGUCCUCACCGCCUCGGUCACCACCGUCGACGACAACGGCGAAGGCGGCGCCAAGCCGCAGGCGGCGACGACCACCGUGCCGCGUUCCCAUGGCACAGGCGACGGCGCGGGGGGCGUUCAUCAUCAUGCAGCCGGCGAGUGCGACAUGUCAUCGGGCCGGUGGGUGUACGACGGCGCGGCGUACCCGGUGUACAGGGAGAGCGCGUGCAGGUUCAUGUCGGACCAGACGGCGUGCGAGAAGUUCGGGAGGACGGAUCGCAGGUACCAGCGCUGGAGGUGGCAGCCGCACGGCUGCGACUUGCCGAGGUUCGAUGCGGCGAGGCUUCUGCUGAAGCUGCGCGACAAGCGGCUGGCGUUCGUCGGCGACUCGCUGAACCGGAACCAGUGGGUGUCCAUGGUCUGCCUCAUCGACACCGCCACCCCGACGCUGCACAAGUCCAUGGCCAACAAUGGGUCUCUCGUCUCCUUCAAGAUCCAUGAGUACAACGCGUCGGUGGAUUUCUACUGGUCGCCGCUGCUUGUGGAGUCCAACUCCGACCACCCGGUGCACCACCGGGUCGCCGACCGCAUCGUGCGGGCCGGCUCCAUCGCCAAGCACGCCAGGCGCUGGGCCGACGCCGACGUCCUCGUCUUCAACUCCUACCUCUGGUGGCGCCGCCCCGCCAUCAAAGUCAUGUGGGGGUCGUUUGAACAAGCGGCGGCGGCGGAGGGCGAUCACGGGGCGGCGUACGAGGUGGCCGACGGCCUGCGCGCGUUCGAGCUGGCGAUCAGGACGUGGUCGGAGUGGCUCGAGCUCCACGUCGACCGCGCCCGCACCCAGCUCUUCUUCACAAGCAUGUCGCCGACGCACCUCCGCUCGGACGAGUGGGAAGCCGGCGACGAUGGAGCCAGCACUAACCACCAGUGCUACAACGAGACGGAGCCGAUCCUGGCGGAGGGGCACCGCGGGCGGGACACGGACCCGGCGUUCGCGCGCGCGGUGGAGGCGGAGGUGGCGCGGCUGGCGGAGCGCGGCGUGGCGGUGCGGGUGCUCAACGUGACGCAGCUGUCGGAGCACCGCAAGGACGCGCACCCGUCGGUGCACCGGCGGCAGUGGAGCCCGCCCACAGCGGCGGAGCUGGCGGCGCGGGCGCGCGACCCCAGCAGCGGCGCCGACUGCAUCCACUGGUGCCUCCCCGGCGUGCCCGACGUCUGGAACCAGAUGCUCUACGCGCACAUCGUGGCGGCGUGACCAACGAGCUAGUAGGAUGAUUUUGCCAAGCGAGCCGAAGUAGAUGGUAAUCGUUACAACAGGAAAUGUUCAACAAAAAAUGGUCCAGUGGGCCACGAGUGUCCAUAUUACUAGCUCAGAUAUAUGGGCCUUGCCGUGGCGCAAAUCGCAAGCAUCCGGCCCACAGAUUGCCAGCUGAGAGACAAGCCCACAGCAAUGCUGGUGUAUCAUUUGCUAUAUUUUACCCUCCUGCGACGUUUGUAACUAGCAGAGUGUUAGUGUGUUA